UUUGCUCUUUGUUGUAAAAUAUGCGACAGAUGCGCACCGUAGCGUGAUUAUUGCCAAUUAAUAUGCAAGCAUAUGUAAGGUUAUGGUAAUUAAUCAUUUAGUUAUCGACGGGGCAGACUUGGAAUUGGCACAAUUGAAGAUGAACUCGGACUGUGGAGUGCACUAUCGCGUUUUUGUGAAUUAAUAUAUACGGGUCGGGACAUGGCGUAUGUUAAUGUAGUCGAAUGGAAAACAGAUCAAGUGUGCGAGUGGUUAAAAGGAUUAGAUAAUGCAGUGCUCCCUUAUGUUCAUAGUUUUAUGAAUCAUUAUGUCAACGGACAACAACUUUUAAGUUUGAGACCAGAAGAUCUAGAACAUCUCGGCGUAUUGAAACUUGGUCAUCAAGAAAUUAUUUUAGAAGCCGUCGAAUAUUUAAGAAAUUUCCAUUACGAAUUGGAUCGUGAAAAUUUGCAACUGUUAGCACUCAGGUUGUCCUGCCAAGCACAUAGUUUGUACAAUGAACUAUCACGUCAAACUGAUUCCAAACCUGUUACUACACAAACAUUAUCGGAUGUAGCGUCAGUAGUUAUGACUGUAAAACCACUAGUAAGAUGGCUUGAUCGUCCUCCUUUUAGUGGUCAAUUGGAUUAUAAUGAUAAGAAAGUAAAAUUAAUGAAAUUAGCAUUAGAAAUGGCAACUUGCGCUCAAAGAGAUAGAUUUGCUGAAAAACCUAUCGAAAAAAUUAGAUCUACUUGCGAACAAUUAGCAAAAUUGGCUGACUAUGUAAUUCAAGAUGUUGCUGACCCAAUGAUUUUACAACCUGUUACUUUGGAUUUGGCUACAUUAAAAAAAAGACCCGGCGACGAGUUGGGAUUUUAUAUCUUACCUUCCUUUCAUGGAAUACAUCAAAUAGCCGAUAUUAAAUUUGGAUCAGCUGCGCAUCAAUGCGGAAAAAUGGAAGAAGGGGAUGAGAUAGUUCAAAUUAAUUAUCAAACCGUCGUUGGAUGGGAAAGAAAAAGCGUAUUGGAAUUAUUCCGUGAGAGUCCUAACGAAAUACUUUUAACAUUGAAAAGAAGACCAAGACACACUAAAGUAUAUGGACAAAUUUAUAUUAAGCCAUAUAGACUUCCGAGCAAUAAAAAAACUACGUAUACGACAAGAUGGCAACAUAAUCUUCCGUCUCCACGGCCAGAAUUGUUAACUAUACCUGAUUUUACUAUGCCUUUACCAAGGCAUACACCAAAGAAUGCUAGCCCACAACCAGCAGGUAUUACAGAUACUGUUAGUAUACUUGAUACAAUGGCAACCGAUAGUAGCGAUUCUGAUAGCGAAGUUGAACCACCUGUAUCUGUUCGUUUGUAUUCUACCAAACCAAGAAGUUUAGUUCAAAGAAGAGCUACAAUAACUGGUGCCAGUCCAACUACUAAACACGGAGUCGAUAUAGAACAAUUUUGGAAAGAGUUGAAACAAGAACAUAGCACUACAUUCCAAUUAAGAGAUAAGGCAGCAUCCUGUGCACACAGUUUAGAUAGCGUACCAUCAAAUUUGCGCCCACAAACAUGCUUAGGUAUAGAAUCAACGAUAAGGAAAAAAAGACCUGAUACGCAAAUAGAUGAUAAAAAAGAUGAAUCUAAUGAAAAACCAAGCGAGACUGAAAUAACUCAUACAGAUGAAUGCAAAAGUUUAUUACAAGAUAUGAAAGAAGGUAACAAAGUAACUACUAUUAAUAAAGAAGUAUUAAAUGUUGCUAUAAGAAAUGUUGAUAGUCCUUCUUCUCAAAAAAUAAUUAAUUCAACUACCGUAAAUAAUAUGAGUGAUACAAAUGUGCCUUUAGAUGAAUGUAACAAUUGUAUUAGUGAUAGAUCUAAUAAUAAUAACAACACUAAAUUAAACAGUAAUGAGUUUAAUGCAAGUAACGUUAAGGACCGUGGAAGAUUAGAUAAAAGUCAUAGCACGCCUGCAUAUGAUUCUACAGAGAAUAAUGUUGAGAUUGAUAGAAAGUUAUUACUUUUGGAUAACUCGUUUGAAAAGACUAAUUCUUCGUCCAAUGUUAUGAAUUCAAAGGAUGUUACGUUUAAUAUGACUAAUGAUAAUAAAGAAGAACAACAGAAUAGAGAAAAUAUAACUAAUGAAGAGAAUAAUGAUGAAAAUGUGAUUGUUAAUGUUUCACAAAAAAUAACUAAUUUUGAAAAUAAGAUUCGAUUUAAGAAUAUAACAGAUUCUACGCAAAUAAAUCUAGAUAAUAUCGAUUGUAAAGAUUGUUUGAGGGAGAACCAAAGCAAUAUUGAAUCUAUAAUAUCGGAUAACGAAAUAUCUGAUAAAGAACAUAUAGUAGAUAGCAUACAUAAGGAAAUAGACAAUACUACAAAAAGUGACUAUCAUAAAAUAAAUGAAAACAAUAUAAUUGACUACGAUACGAAAGAAGAAAUAUUAGAAUUAAAUACUAAUUAUAUUGAACUAAAAUCCGGCAGCAAUAAUGAAGACGACGUAGCGCUAAAAAGAUUUGGUAAGAUUUUACAAUCUAGUGACUAUAAUUCAAUGGAGAAACUAACAACAGAACGACAAUAUUCUAGUUCAUAUAUAAAAGAAGUUUCUACAGACGUACAGGAAGAAAUACCAAUAAAUAAUUGUUGUAACUUUAAUGUAGAAAUGCAAGAUAUUACGCAACGUACAACAAAGAUACAAAUUAGUCCAAAUCCACGUAAUAGUGGUAUAAAAAAUUCGAAUCCUAUCGUUGUUGAACCUAAAAUACAUUCUUGUAGAUAUAUUGAAUUACCUAAAGUUGAAUCUACUAAGAAAUUUGAAAUAAGAUCACAUUUAAUACCACCUGAGCCUCCACCUCGUAAAUAUAUUCCUAAACCAGAAGUACCUGAAUCUGGUAAUGUUUUGAAAUCAGCAGGGAAAUCUAUAAUAUCGCCAAGACAUCAUAUGAGAAAGGAUUCUAAAAGUGGCAAUAUCUUGAUAGAAAGAAGCAACGAUUUAGAUCAAAAUGAAAGUGACGAUUGUUUGAGUAUUUAUUCUAAAAGAAUGGAAAAGUCUUCGAGUUUAAAUAAUAAAUUAAACGUAUCGAUUGACAAUCAAAGAUCAAUAUCAAUUGAUUCUACGGAUCUUAAUAACUUUGAAAUUUAUGGUAAACAAUUAAGAGAUGAAAGAUCGCAUUGUGAGAAAUAUGAACCAUUCACCGAAAAAUUUGCUAUUUCAAAUAAUUCAUUGUCGGAUUGUUACAAGUCUGAUAACUGCUCUUGGAAUAGCGAUUUUUCUGAAAGUUCAAUCUGUACAAAACAAGAACAAUUAUUGGAAUCCAGAUCGAAUAUUAGCAAACUAUCAGAAAAAGAUAAGAGCUUUGAAAAAGCUGUUGUUAAUAAAGCUAUGAUGGUAGCUAGAAGUAUUGGUUUACAUGGAGGCUUGAGUAAGUCUUCUAAUAACAGUCCAAGAAGUAAUAGAAAGAGGAAUACCUUAUUAGCAAAAAAAAGAAACAUAUCCGUAAAAGAUCUCGGUAUGGGCGAUAUGGAAGGAUGGUUAACAUAUCGCAGUAGAGGCGCUGGAGGUGCUUGGGCCAGAGCGUGGUUUGUUCUAAAACGUGCAGCUUUGUAUAGGUUCAAAAUGCAAAGCAGUACAAAAGCUGACUGUCUUAUAGCUUUAACAGGCUUUACAGUAUCACAAGCAACUGAAGUCAAGUCGAGGAAGCAUGCUUUUAAAGUUUAUCACACAGGAACAGUAUUUUAUUUUGCUGCUGAUACUGAAGAUUGUUUAACUCUUUGGCUCGAUGCUGUAAAUAAAGCAACGUUAGGAACAGACGUACACAAUAGAAACAGUGCACUUUUUAGCGAAACUGACGAAAGUGAUAAUGAAUAUAAAAAUAAGUUGAAACUCACUCAUACUCCCGAAAUUAAACCUAACGUGGAAAAAUCAUUUGGAUCUUUGAAGAAAACGGUACGAAAGGAUCAAAUAUAUAAGGAUCACGAAGUUGGUGGUGCGAGUUUAGAUAGAAAAUAUUUAAGAUUUCUUGGUACGAGAAAUCAAAAUAUUCCUGUACCAACAGCUCAGUUUAGAAGUUAUAGAAGAGUACUUCCUACAAAUAUGACAAAUAAGAAAGAAGAUUGUAUGACGUAUUCUUCAGAUUUACAAAUGACAAUAGCAGGAAGUACAUUUUAUGGAUUAAGUGCUUCUCAAAGUGCCACCGAUAUGUCUUAUAGUAAUCAAGAAAUGAAUGAUUAUCGACGCCCUGCAGAUAGGUGUACCAAUUAUCGUAGUAAAAAACCAGACGAAUUGCAAGGAUUUAUAACUUUAGAACAAUUUAUGUUGUCUCAACAAGAAGAAGAUCAAAGACAAAAUACAAUGCAAAGAUCGAUAUCUCCCCGAGUUACACCUAUAGCUAAUGAUCACAUUUAUGCUCAUAAUAGACACGUUAAUGAUGUUUGUCUAACUAGUGAAGAAUCGUAUGCUGCAGAUGGAUAUGUUAAUGAAGGAAUUGUUUAUAAUCAAUAUAAAAAUAAUAGUGAGAUUUCUUCUUCGUUGUACAGAAAUUCCAAAACACCUGACGAAUACUACAAAACUCGUCAACAAAAUUUAUCAUCAAAUGUUAUUUCUUCGAAUGAUAAGAAAACAGAUUGCUUACACGACAAAUCUUGUAAAUGCAAAAAUGUUAUGCAGCACAAAAGACAAUUAGAUCUGAGUAACAAUUAUAAAAGAAGAACUCAAGAUAAUCUGUCUCAUCAAUCAUUUAGACAAAAUGAUUCUUUACCGAGACGACACGAAUUCCCACAACCAACAGUUCCAGUCUGUCAUAGUACGCCUGAUACUCGAAGUGAUAGUAGAUAUAGAAAUAUCAGUUAUGAUCGUAAUGCACAUUUACCUACACGUGAUAUACAGUUCAUAAAUCAUAAAGAAAAUAAAAGAUCUAACGAUUAUGCAAUCCCACAAGAAAUAGGUACUUUGAUAGAUGAUCUUCGAUUAGUAUCUAAGAGACUUCAUAAAAACGAAGAAAAUUCAGGAUCUAGCGGCGAUCUUACGUAUUUUGUUUCUUCUGAUACAUUACAACGAGCAAAGAAGGAGGCAACCGUAACGCGUAAAGGAAGUUUUAAUCUUGCUAAUCAUUGUCGAGAUUAUUUUCCCUCGGAUAAACGUUGGCUUGAUUCUUUGAGAUGCGUUGAUAAGAAGAAUAUUAAUUAUGAUAGAAAUCGAUUGAAAAAUGCAGCACAAUAUCAGCCUCCGCCGAUACCAGCUUCGUCGUUUGAACAAGAAGGGAUGAGAGCCACUUUUGAGAUGCAUCUCGAUAAAAAAGAUCAAGUUCAAAAAACUAAUAGAUUGAAAACUUUAUUCAGCACUAAAGGUCAUCAGAAACCGUGUACUUUGGAUUUACCUAAGGACGGUCAAAAGACUUUACUAGGAUCACCGAGAUUGCACAGAGCGCUGUUUUGGGAUAAAAAUUCUAAUCAACAAAAAUCUUCUAUCAUUAGCGAGACGCAAAGUCCUGGUGAUAGUGGAAUCAGUCAAUCUUUAAGUUCCUUCAGUACAAACAGUCAUUCCCAAAAUCUAAGUUACAGUUGCAGUUCAAUGAGCGAUUGGAGUCCGGAUACACCAGGACCUAACUCGCCACGCACAUCUAGAUCUAACGUUGGUGGUCACGUGUAUCAAAAAGAAAUUUCAUCUUCGGAAAGAAAAUGUCUUUCGCCACCAAAGUUACCUUAUAUACCACCACCGACGUCUCCACCUCCUGAUUAUCCUGGAUUGGAGUAUCCGCCUGUAUUUGAACCUGGUACUUAUUCUCUGUCAGAUGCUUCUUUGUUACGUAAUCGUAAUAAGACUAUCGAUAGUAAUAUUCAGUAAUGAAGAAAUACAAACAUUAAAUACUAAUGUGUGUAUAUCCAGUGUAUAUACUGAAGUACUUUAAUAGAAACAACCACCAAAGAUAAUUCUUUUCAGUGUUACUGUAAAGUAUUGUUUGAUAAACGAAAAUGUUGAAGAUUUCUAUUAAUUUAACUGAAAUUCAAUUAGUAACAAACAAGCAAAAUCUCAACUUAUUAUUUAAUUUAAAAAAAAAAAAAGAUGUUUAGAAAUAUGAUUAUACUGCUAAGAAAGAAUAAAUCUUUCCAUUUUUGUCGUCUGUACACGUCCUAACGAUGAUGCUGCAGAAAUAUAACUAGUAUUUGACAAUUUUUUAUAAUGAUAAAUUGGUAUCCUGUUUAUAGCUAAAACAUAAGUAUUGAAAGGAACAGUUUCGCGAUUAUAUAGAUAACUGGAAGACUGAAAUAAUUGUUAUUUAAUGUUGCCUUCUAGGUGCUAUAAAAUAGUGGUUGUGUUCAAAUCUAAGAACUCCAAAGAAUUCUACUUUUUACUAUUAUAUAUAUA